AUGGGAGUUGAUCCUCUAUCUCCAAUUGCGCCAGUGCGCCUUCGGGCGUUACUGCUUCCAAUUGGCAAGAUCAAGCGCUCACGCUUCUUGAGCUUCGCUGCUAGGCUUCAAGCUGAGAAUGUGGUGCGACUAGGGGACAUUAGUCCAGACUCUCGUCCAAACCGAAAUAUGUUCUCCCCGCUUGCCUUCCCCACCGGAAUGAUCCUCUAUGACCUGUCCUUCUCCGUUCCCCCCACAUCACAUCUGGAGCUGUUCCCAUUCGAGAUAUACAGGGAACCACUGGUCAUAAUUGCGAUAGCCGAUGGAACUGAGCUGUCCCAAGGCUCCGGAGCAAACGCAAAGCAUCCCACGCCCCAUGAACUGGAUCAGUUGCGAGAGGAGCUUGAUGCGGUGAGGGAGAGGAACCCGAGGGCACUGGUAAAUCAGCUCCUGGUCUUCGACUAUGAGGGGCUGGAUAACAUCACCAAUGGUCCAGAGAAUGUCCUUUGGGUUCCUCGACCGGAAGUCUCCAAAGCGACUACCAUGAAAACUGUCCUGUGUGAUAUUACAUCCGUCUUGUUAUCAGAGUUGGAUGAAUUCGCCAAGACAAUCCAAAAUAUCCCGUCGAUAGAGUCGCCCAGAGCUUCAUCAUGGGGUCCACAUCGAAAUCCGGAGUUGCGGCCGCGACCUGUGGACCGACUGCUGAAUCGCAUGACUCUGCCUGCGCAGCUGCCAUCCAACCCCAAUGGUGCACCGCCGGAGACGCCCCUUAGCUCGAAUGCCACUUCCCCCGCUCCUAGUGACCACGAAACACCUACGACAUUCGACGAGAUCACGCGAUCCAUCCACUUGUCACGAACGAACUCCGGUGGCAGAAGCCCCUCAAUAGCGUCACCUAAGGAGCAUAGCCGAGACCGCAUGUCCGUGAGUGGUAUCAGUGCCACUGAUAGAACCAAAAACCGUAUCAAGGGCCGCUCCGGGGUCGUCAUUGGUACUCUCUUCCUGCAGGCAGGAAGGUGGCCAGAUGCACUCAAAGAGCUAGUCGAAGCGGCCAAUAAUGCACGGGCUGGUAGCGACUAUGUCUGGCAUGGCAAGGCUCUAGAGAACAUUCUUCUCUGUCUCGUGAUGCUCGCAUGGGCAGGGAUGGAUUUCCAAAUCCCCCCGGUUCUCUAUCCAGUUGCGGACAAGGCCUCUAAGGCGGUUAGAGAUGCAAUUCAGGCACCAUCUGCGGCUGGCAACCGCAUGGUCUCUCUUCACAACCUUGCGAACCUUUUACCCGAUCUUUCUAACACUAUCCUGAACCUCUACACUCGUGCCGCAAAUAUCACGGACGAACCCCUCCCUCAGCUAGUGUUUUCUGAAACUGUGAUUCGACUGUCGAGGCUCAUGGUCUCUGCUCGCAUUCGGGACGGCGGACUUGAUGACAAUGCUUUGAAGCACAUCGUGAUGAAUGAACCUUUAAUUCCAUUACAUCAACCAGAACUCCCACGGGGGACAGUCGUGCUCCGCAAGUCGGAGAUUGCCAACUUCCUCUACCGGGCUCUCCCACUUGCCCCUGAGGCAGACUUGCCUGCUACGGAUGCCGUUCCCAUCAUCGUGGGUGUCAUCUCCGUUCUCAACACUCUUGACUUGCCACGGAAAAAGGCAUUUGUCCUGCGUGAGCUUCUCACUGUGAUGGUACCCAGUCUGGUCCAGGCUCGAAAAAUUGGUGCUGCAGAAGUUGGUAUUCAUCCUGCCGCUGGUCUAGCAUCUCUGAGUGACACGGCAUUCGAUGUCAAUGCUCUCGAUGUUGGUCCUGGUAAUAUGGAAUCAAGCGUUCGGCUUCUUCUGGCUACAAUUGGUGAGAUCUACGGAGUUCAGCCUUCAGCCUCCUAUGAGUGGGAGAAGCGACAGAGUCGGAUGUCUGCUUCGGGGAGCGCACAAGAGUGUCCCGAGUAUGAUUCAAUCGCGAGCAUUGCAGAGCGGUCUUUCCGUCACAUUGCGCUGGAUCGAUAUGGUGAUCUUAAUCUCAAGAUUGACGUUCUCAAAGCGUGUAUCAACUGCUGCGAGGCGCUUCCUGAUUUUGAUGGCGUCCUCCGCUUCACUGUGGAGCUUUUGCAAACUAUCCGCGGAGAUCUCAUGCUGAACGAAGCUCAUAGGGUGCCACCGUACCUGCCACAAGACGAGCAAGUCCGUCUCUUGAACAAUAUCAAACGCACUGUGGGCGCUGGAAACCGGCUGGGCGCAGCUAACAUGGCUGCCGAAUACUGGGAUGAUUUCCUUGUCCGCGAUAUUCAGUUGCUGGCGCUGCCUGAUCCGCGGCGACCCGUCCGUCGCUCCAAGACAGAGCUAGAUGCCGUUACCACGGGAUCCGAAAAGGCAAAGAAGGAUCCCUUCCUGUACAACCCCUUUGCCAAGCCAAGUAGCAAGGCUUUGGAAGUUCUUACCGUGACUGAUGAGCCUGCCUCCUUCCGAGUGACCCUCCAAAACCCUUAUGAGUUUGAGAUCGAGAUCGAACACCUGCGGCUAGAAAGUGAGGGUGUUAACUUUGAGGCCGUGGCAGAGAACAUCGUUCUUCCUCCACUCUGUCUGCAGGAUAUCAUUGUUCUUGGUACUGCUCACGAGGAGGGCGAUCUUAACAUUUCUGGGUGCAUCGUCAAAGUGCGUCAUUGCCGGGAGCGACGAUUCCCCAUCUUCAGGACCUUAUGGAGACCCGAGCCUGAGAUCAAGUUCAAGCGAACGGGACUGUCUGCAAAGAAGCCUCUUAGCGAUCGCCCAAUGUCCUGGAGCUCAAUUACAUCCAAAGAUGGCAAGGUGUUUGCAAAGAAGGGACCUCAAACGGAGACGUGUCCGGUAAAGGUCAUUGGCAAACAGCCGUCUCUGCUCAUUGAAUCUAUGUCGCUCUCGCAAUCGGCAAUGAUGGUCCUUGAGGGGGAGAUCAAGUCGUUCUCUAUCACCCUUCAAAACACAUCUUCGUGUCCCGUGGACUUUGUCUUGUUCACUUUCCAAGAUUCAACCACUCGCCAGCUUCAGUCAGCCUUGAGAAACAAGGACUUACUUCCCGUGGAGAUUUACGAGCUGGAGUUGAAGUUGGCCACCCAGCCUGCCCUAAAGUGGCGCCGCGAGGGCCCGCAGUCUGAUGAUUGGAAUAUUCCACGUGGGGAGAAGGCCACGUUCACUGUGGACGUGUUGGGCAAGCCUGGGUUGCAAGAUACGACAGUACAGAUUGACUAUUCGUAUCUGAAAAGCAAGCAGGGACAGCUGCCAGAGGUGUUUUACACUCGGCAACUGUUUGUGCCGCUGACUGUCACUGUCAAUGCCAGUGUGGAGGUUGCUCGCUGUGACAUCUUGCCCUUUAGUGGAGACUUUGCCUGGAAGAACCAUCUCGAUGCCCCAUCGGACUCGACGGAGACAUCAGACUGCCCGUUGUCUGCCACUGACAAGGAUCCAUUUUCUCAAAUUCUUUCCCGUCUCGGCAAUGGGGCCUACGGACCAGAUCACUGCAUUGUUCUAAUCGACCUUCGCAAUGCUUGGCCAAGCCCUCUGUCAGUAUGGCUGCGCGUGAACGAGCACUCCAUCGUCCAAGCUCCCGAGUCCUUCAAGGAUGGCAGCAAGGGCCAGUACUCUGUUGAUGGUAACCUCCAACCAGGCCAAGUCUCUCGAUUCGUCCUAGUUCUCCCUCGCGUGUACCUCGACAACCCAUAUGCCAGCAUCCCCGUCGUCAACACGGGAACUCGUCGCCAAUUCGUCGUCAGCGCUAAUAAGCUCACCUUCGAGGCGGAGGCAGCCUCGCGUGAGGCAUUCUGGUUCCGCGAAGAACUUCUCAAACGAGUCCUUGGAGGCUGGUCCGAGCCAGCUACCGGCCGUGCGGGAUCCAUCGACCUACGCAAUAUCCGUCUAAACACCCGCAUGGUCGAGGCAAUGCGUCUCGAAGACGUCGAGAUCUCCUUCACGCUAGCAUCCCCUUCCUUCCAGGAAAUCUCCUCCGCAGUAAAACAAACCGGCCGCUCCCGCUUCCAAGCCCAAACAGACGACCUCCUCACUCUAACCGUCACCGUUCGCAACCGCUCCUCAAGACCUAUCCACCCCCUCGUCCGUCUCCAGCCUAGCCUCCGCCACCAACCAAACAACAUCGGGCUAGACCUCACCCGUCGUCUUGCCUGGACUGGUAUGCUCCAACAAGCACUGCCAAUCUUGCAAGCUGGGGCAUCCACACAAACAUCCAUCGGUGUGACGGUCCUCUGCCGCGGCGAGUACGAGUUCGGUGCUAGCGUCGAGGAAGCUCGACUUUUGCCGCGAUUUGGUGAAGAUGGCAAGGAGGAAGAUCCUGAUGCUGCUACUCGGUUCAUCGAGGAUGGGAUCAAGGAUACCUUUGGCGCGGACGUGGUUCGGCGUCGACGGAUUUGGCAUGCGAAGGAGACUUGUGUUAUUCUUGCGAGGGAUUAG